CUCUCGUCAAUUUAUUACUACCUUAACAAUGUUGUUAACAAAAUACCUAGAAUAAAUACAAAAAAGAAAAGAAGGUGAAAGAUAAGAAGUGGAAAAGCCAAUUGAUUUGAUUUAACUUUUAUGGUAUUAAAUAUGGACACAUUGAGUUGGUUCGAUGACAUUUAUUUCUCUGCCUCUUUCCCAACGUCCGUCCCCGCUUCGUCUUUAUACCGUAAGACCGGUCCAUGACUCUCACGUGACCUCUCUUUCACUCUCUCUCACGUGCCUCUCUUCUCCCUUCUUCGCACCCAUUAAUAUAAAAAACAGUUGGGAAUUAAAUUUGUAUCUCCCUUCUCUCUCUAUCUCUCUGUGAAGCCUACUCUCUCAUCAAUGGAUUCUCUCAUCAAUCCCAGCCAUGGCGGAAACUACGAAUCUCACUCCUCUUCUCUCGAUAAUCUCAAACCUAGCGUAGUUGUCAUCAUCCUCAUCCUUCUCAUGACUCUUCUCAUCUCCGUCUCCAUUUGUUUCCUCCUCCGCUGUCUCAACCGCUGUACCCACAGCUCGCUUCUUCCUCCUUCCUCCUCCUCCGCCGUCCCCUUCUCUUCAGAUUCCCGUCGUUUCUCCGGACACCGAGUCGCUCCGGAAACAGAGCGAUCAUCGGUUCUCGAUUCGCUUCCUAUUUUCAAAUUCUCCUCCGUGACUCGUCGAUCUACUUCCUCGAAUUCCGGCGAUUGCGCCGUCUGUUUGUCGAAGUUUGAACCGGAGGAUCAGCUCCGUCUUCUUCCUCUCUGUUGCCACGCUUUUCACGCCGAUUGUAUCGAUAUCUGGCUAGUCUCGAACCAGACUUGUCCUCUCUGUCGUUCUCCUCUCUUCGCCUCCGAGUCCGAUCUCAUGAAGUCUCUCGUCGUCGCCGGCGGAAACAACAACAACAGCAGCGGAGGAGAAAACAGCUUCCGUCUCGAAAUCGGAUCCAUCAGCCGUCGUCAGAUACCGAUUCCAGAGUCUCCUGAUCAGCACCGAUCCUACUCAAUCGGUUCGUUCGAUUACAUUGUCGACGACGUCGAAUCAGAAAUCUCGGAGUCGAAUUUUAACCGUAGAAGCACAUCGGGAAAACAAGAAGACGCGGCUGCAACAACAACAACGGCGGUUGAAGCGAGUUUAGCGGCGGAUGUAGGUAACGAAGGUUCUAGAAGCUGGCUCAAGGAUUACGUGGACAGGCUCUCGAGAGGUAUAUCGUCGCGUGCAAUGUCCUUUAGAAGCUCUGGUAGAUUUUUUACGGGGAGCAGUCGCCGGAGCGAGGAAAUGAACGUGGUGGAUUUAGAAGCGAAUCAUGCCGGAGAAGAGAUAAGUGAGCUUUUCCGGUGGCUAUCAGGAGUGUGAGACUGGUGACUGGUGAGUGAGUCGGUGACAUUUUAUUCAUUCUCUUCGUUUUAACCAAAAAACCAAAAAACCAAAAAAAACAAAAAAACAGAGCAUUGUUUUUUGGUUUGUACAUAUAUAUAAACAGUAUCUGAAGUUCUUCGCUUCAACUACGGAUAUUUUUUUUUGGUUGUUUUACUUAUUUUCUGACGAUAUAACAGAUGAAUUGUCUAGUUAUAUUAUAUAUUACUACUUCGUAUGGUCUA